GCGGCUUCGGGGCUCUCGGGAAUCCGAGAGCGCGCGGCGCGGGCAGUUUGCUGUGCGCCCUGCGGGGAGCCGGGGCCCCAGGCCGACCCAACGCGAUGAACUACCUGAACGUGCUGGCCAAAGCCCUCUACGACAAUGUGGCCGAGUCCCCAGAUGAGCUCUCCUUCCGCAAGGGCGACAUCAUGACGGUGCUGGAGCGGGACACGCAGGGCCUAGAUGGCUGGUGGCUCUGCUCGCUGCACGGGCGCCAAGGCAUCGUGCCCGGGAACCGCCUCAAGAUCCUGGUGGGCAUGCAUGACAAGAAGCCCGUGGGGCCCGGCCCCGGCCCGCCCACCAGCUCUGCCCUGCCUCAGCCCAGCCUCCACCCCCCGGCAGCCCAGUACACACCCAUGCUGCCUGCCACGUACCAGCCCCAGCCAGACAGUGUCUACCUGGUGCCUACCCCCAGCAAGACUCAGCAAGGCCUCUACCAAGCCCCUGGGCCCAGCCCCCAGUUCCAGUCUCCCCCGGCCAAGCAGACAGCCACGUUCUCCAAGCAAAUGCCCCAUCACCCAUUUCCCAGCCCAGCCCCAGACCUUUACCAGGUGCCCCCGGGGCCUGGCAGCCCUGCCCAGGACAUCUACCAGGUGCCGCCUUCCGCUGGGAUAGGACACGACAUCUACCAGGUCCCCCCAUCCAUGGAUGCACGGAGCUGGGAGGGGACGAAGCCACCAGCCAAGGUGGCGGUGUCCACCCGUGUGGGGCAAGGCUAUGUGUUCGAGGCCCCCCAGCCCGAGCAGGACGAGUAUGACAUCCCACGCCACCUGCUGGCCCCGGGGCCCCAGGACAUCUACGACGUGCCCCCUGUUCGGGGGCUGCUUCCCAGCCAGUACGGCCAGGAGGUAUAUGACACGCCCCCCAUGGCUGUCAAGGGUCCCAAUGGCCGGGAUCCAUCGCUGGACGUGUAUGAUGUGCCCCCCAGUGUGGAGAAGGGCCUGCCGCCGUCCAGCCAUCAUGCGGUGUACGAUGUUCCUCCAUCGGUGAGCAAAGACGUGCCCGACGGACCACUGCUGCGUGAGGAGACCUAUGACGUGCCCCCCGCCUUCGCCAAGGCCAAGCCCUUUGACCCGACCCGCCACCCGCUGGUGCUCGCCGCACCCCCUCCGGACUCGCCACCAGCUGAGGACGUGUACGACGUGCCGCCCCCGGCUCCUGACCUCUACGACGUGCCCCCCGGUUUGCGGCGGCCUGGCCCGGGCACCCUCUACGACGUGCCCCGAGAGCGGGUCCUUCCUCCCGAGGCAGCCAACGGCAGCGUGGCCGACGACGAUGUGUACGCGGUCCCCCCCCCUGCCGAGCGAGAGGCCCCGGCCGACGCCAAGCGCCUGUCAGCCUCCAGCACGGGCAGCACACGCAGCAGCCAGUCGGCCUCCUCCCUGGAGGCAGUGGUGCCGGGCCGUGAGCCCCUGGAGCUGGAGGUGGCCGUGGAGGCCCUGGCACGGCUGCAGCAGGGCGUGAGCGCCACCGUGGCCCACCUCUUGGACCUGGCAGCCAGUGCGGGCGGGUGUGGGGGCUGGCGCAGCACCUCUGAGCCUCAGGAGCCUCCGGCACAGGACCUGCGGGCUGCCGUGGCCGCUGUCCACGGGGCCGUCCACGAGCUGCUGGAGUUUGCCCGCAGCGCUGUGGGCAAUGCCGCCCACACUUCCGACCGCACGCUGCAUGCCAAGCUCAGCCGGCAACUGCAGAAGAUGGAGGACGUGUACCAGACGCUGGUGGCCCACGGUCAGGCCCUUGACAGUAGCCGGGGAGGCCUGGGGGCCACUCCCGAAGACCUGGACCGCCUGGUGGCCUGCUCGCGGGCUGUGCCCGAGGAUGUUAAGCAGCUGGCCUCCUUCUUGCAUGGCAACGCCUCGCUGCUCUUCAGACGGACCAAGGCCUCUGUCCCAGGGCCUGAGGGGGGUGGCCCCCUGCACCCCAACCCCACCGACAAGGCCAGCAGCAUCCAGUCCCGGCCCCUGCCCUCACCCCCUAAGUUCACCUCCCAGGACUCGCCUGACGGGCAGUACGAGAACAGUGAGGGAGGCUGGAUGGAGGAUUAUGACUACGUCCACCUGCAGGGGAAGGAAGAGUUUGAGAAGACCCAGAAGGAGUUGCUGGAAAAGGGCAACAUAAUGCGGCAGGGGAAGGGCCAGCUGGAGCUGCAGCAGCUGAAGCAGUUUGAACGGCUGGAGCAGGAGGUGUCACGGCCCAUAGACCAUGACCUGGCCAACUGGAUGCCAGCCCAGCCCCUGGCCCCGGGCCGGACGGGCGGCCUGGGGCCCUCGGACCGGCAGCUGCUGCUCUUCUACCUGGAGCAGUGCGAGGCGAACCUGAGCACGCUCACUAACGCCGUGGAUGCCUUCUUCACCGCCGUAGCCACCAACCAGCCCCCCAAAAUCUUCGUGGCACAUAGCAAGUUUGUCAUCCUCAGCGCUCACAAGCUGGUAUUCAUCGGGGACACACUGUCACGGCAGGCUAAGGCGGCCGACGUCCGCAGCCAGGUGACCCACUACAGCAACCUGCUGUGUGACCUCCUGCGCGGCAUCGUGGCCACCACCAAGGCCGCUGCCCUCCAGUACCCGUCGCCUGCUGCCGCCCAGGACAUGGUGGACAGGGUCAAGGAGCUGGGCCACAGCACCCAGCAGUUCCGCCGGGUCCUGGGCCAGCUGGCAGCUGCCUGA